AUGUCUUUCUCCAAGAUUGCCGGUGUUGUCCUCGGCUCGGCCGCUCUGGUCGCUGGCCACGGUUACGUGUCUGGCGCCGUUGUCGACGGUACCUAUUAUGGUGGAUAUCUGGUUACUCAGUAUCCUUACGAGAGCAACCCUCCCGAGAUCAUUGCCUGGUCCGACACUGCCACCGACUUGGGCUACGUUGAUGGUUCUUCGUAUGCCUCUUCGGACAUCAUCUGCCACAAGAGUGCCCAGCCUGGUGCCAUCUCGGCUCCCGUCAAGGCCGGUGGUAGCGUCGAGCUGCAGUGGACUGAGUGGCCCGAGAGUCACCAUGGCCCGGUCAUCACCUACCUGGCCAACUGCAAUGGCGACUGCGCCUCCGUGGACAAGACAACUCUGAAGUUCUUCAAGAUCGACGAGGGUGGUCUCAUCGACGACAGCACCGUUCCCGGCACCUGGGCCUCCGACAACCUGAUCAGCAACAACAACAGCCGCACUGUCACUAUCCCCAGCAGCAUCGAGGCCGGCAACUACGUCCUCCGCCACGAGAUCAUCGCUCUGCACUCUGCCGAGAACAAGGAUGGCGCCCAGAACUACCCCCAGUGCCUAAACCUGCAGGUAACUGGUGGGGGCAGCGACUCUCCCACUGGCACCCUCGGUACCGCCCUGUACAAGGACACCGACCCCGGCAUCCUGGUCAACAUUUACCAGUCCCUGAGCUCCUACACCAUCCCUGGCCCGGCUCUGUACACUGGCGCCGCUUCUUCCUCAGACUCGACCACCACUGCCGCCUCUGUGGCCGCUACGACGACUGCUGCCGCCGCCACCACCGCCGCUCCCUCGUCCUCGUCCUCGUCCACCGUCGCCUCUGUCGGAGUGAUCUCCAGCGCUUCCCCCGUUAGUGUCACCCCCAGUGCCAGUGCCACCUCCAUCCGGAGCCCCCCAUCCAUCCCGCCCUCCUCCAACUCCACCCGCCUGCCCCGUCCCUCGCACGGUCGUCGUCCAGGCCACGGCCACGGCGCCGCUCCCUCGGGCCGUCCCCACUUCUCCCAGCCCAGCGGCAACGAGAACCAGGCCUCCACCGUCACCGACCAUGCAACUGCCACUGAAUAUGCCACUGCCACUGCAACUGUUCCAGCUCAGUUUACUGACCCGCCCGUUGUCCAGACUCCUAGCGCUGACGACACCGUUACCGUCACCGCCAGCGCGGGAGGCCAGUCUGCCGCCAGCUCCACUCCUUCUACUGGUAGCUCGGGCUCUUCUUCCUCUUCCUCCUCGGGCUCUUCGUCUAGCUCCUACAACUCCAGCGACUGGUCCUCCUACCUGAGCUCUCUGAAUGCUGAGCAGUUCCUCAACAUGCUCCGUCAGACCCUCAAGUGGCUCGUCAGCGAUCAGAAGGUGCACGCGCGUGACCUGACCGUCUAA